UCUGUGAUGGGGCUUGGACGGGUGUGGGCUGCAGUCAGUACAGGAGCUGCCCUUGUGUUGUGUGGUGUUGCAGGGCUCCCACCUGCAUCCAACGGAGCAGGUUGAAGAAGUCACUCCCCCCGUACAGGGUCCGUGUCCUCCUGUUCUAGCCCCGAAGCUGGGGCUGAGGGUGCUGGCUCCCUUAGCUCUCUGCCCCGUGUCCAUGAGGAGGGUGGCCACUCUGUCCCGUUGUCUAUUCUGGUAUUCUCAGCCUCCAACAUUCAAAAAUUGUAAAUCUGGCCCCCAAAUCAUGGGACUUCAAUAAACUUUUUGUUUCUUUAUUUGCUUUCUGGGUUUUGAAUCAUUUGGGUCAUGUUUUCCAGCAUUUCUCUGUACCAGAAAAGGUUAGAAAGGAAGAUCUACGUAUAAAAGAUUGAUCAUCAGAGCACAUGGUUUGUUACUACUAGUUCUUGAAGAACCAGAUAAUCUGCAUUAGACAAAUCCUGAGCAGCAGACUGGAUACUUGUAGGAAACUUGCAGAUUAGGAAAAAAAAUUGCUUCAAGAUUCGAACAACUCUGGAAAAAAUAAAGCAGAAUUGCAAAAGUUGGUGGCUGAGUUGCCAUUACUUUGAAAUGUGCCUUCCUUUAAAAAACAAAUACUUCAAGAUGUUUGAAGAUGCAAGAUCACCUUUCUGAAGACUCCCUGCACAGGAUAGCCUGGGCUGAAUCUUCUGCCUAUCUCGAUCAGCAUUCUGUUGCAAUAGAAUUAGAAAAAAAAAUGGCUGGACCAUUAACCAACGUGACCAUAUGUAAGGACAAAGAAGGAAAACCCAAGUCUUUUGGAUUUGUCUGCUUUAAACACACAGAAUCAGUGCCUUAUGCUAUAGCUUUGCUGAAUGGAAUCCGUUUAUAUGGAAGACCAAUUAAAGUACAGUAUCGAUUUGGGAGUUCCCACUCACCAGAGUUAAACAGCCCUAGCCAAGGUUUUGAGAACUGGGUUGACAUAUAUUCACCAACGUAUAGGAAUCAAGAGCCUUAUGGCAGUCCUCCAUUUCCCAUUACUCCUUUUCCAAUGAACAAUAGUUUACCUCAGGAAUAUUCAGUCUUUCAAAAGAUGAUGAGCCAUUUUUUAACACAGCAGUAUGCUGUUUACAGUCCAAUGGAACAGCAGCUUCCUUACUAUCAGAUGACUCCACCACCAUCUUCAGUUUUUCCCAUGCCACCCUAUAUGAAUCCUGUUGAGGAUUUUAAAGCUGGGCAAAGCUCUUUUGAGUGGGUUCCUCCACAACUGAGCGACUGUGAAUCAUAUCUGGCUAAUGAAAAUGCUUGUAAAAGAAAAAGAGAGCAGCAAACUAGUGAUAGUGACAGUAGCAUGGAAAAUGACAGAAAAAAACAAAGAGAACAUGGCCAAAAAUACCGUAAGUGUAAGAUCAAGAAAAAAAGGCACUAAUACUGUGUGACUGAGUUCACAGUUUUUUUUAAUUGCGCUUUUAUUUGUUCUUUUUAUUUGAGAGUGAGCAUCUCUCUCAUUUUUGCACUUUACUAAAAUGGACCCACAAGAUUCAUGACUAUUAUUUUUGAAAUGUUAUAUGUAUAAAGUAUCCUGACAUUGCAGUUAAUCUUAUCAUAUUUGGAGGAAGAAAUCCUUCUUAAAAGGUAUAGGAAAAGUAUUGUAAAAGUUGAACUUUUCCUAAUAAAGGACAAAAGCAC